GGGAUGUCAUAUCCGACCUAGUAUCUAAUAUACAUCCUUUUUCUGACGAAUUCAGUGUGGUGAAGACGUGUUGAGCGGACGAGCAUAAAAACCUGAAGAUUGUCAAAACAAAGGUGUAAAAUCAUCAACAAUAAACCAUGCCAAAGGCUGACACUAAAGGGAGAGAAGGGAAAGGACCGGCCCUGUCUGAUGAUCCGGACCAGUCGGGUACAAACAGGACAAACCCUGAAUCAGAAGGUUCUGAUGGAGCUGCUGCAGAUAGCUUAGACCUGUCCUCUUUCAUCACAGAAGAAAGCUGGAGACGUGAGCUCGAGACGGAAUUUACCAAAGAUUACUUUAAGGGUAUCCAGUCAAAGCUCGCUGGUGAUUAUGCGAACAAUACACAGGUGUUCCCACCUAAGGACCGCAUCUUUCAUGCAUUUAACGUAACGCCGUUUGACGAGGUGAAAGUUGUAAUUGUGGGACAGGAUCCGUACCAUGCCGACGGACAGGCCAUGGGAUUGGCAUUCUCUGUACCGCUGGGAGUGGAACCACCACCUUCAUUGAAGAACAUAUAUAAAGAGCUAACCAAUGAUGACGAAAUCAAGGACUUCAAGACCCCUACUCAUGGUAAUUUGGAAACUUGGGCGAGCAGGGGAGUGUUUCUUCUCAAUGCUACACUUACAACAUACGCCAACCGCUCGCACUCUCAUGCCAAGUAUGGCUGGCAGAAAUUUACAGACAGAGUCAUCCAAAUUAUUAGUGAGAAUUGCUCUGGUGUCGUCUUUAUUCUCUGGGGCAACUUUGCACAUGAAAAGGAGAGUUUAAUUGACAAAGUAAAACACACCAUAAUCAAAACUGCUCAUCCGUCACCUUUGUCAUAUAAGAAAUUUGAGAACUGUAAGUGUUUUUCAAUAGCUGAUGCAGCACUAUUAGCGAACAAUGGAGUCAAAAUGGACUGGUCACUGUAAAGGAACAAUUUUUGCAAAACAUUGAAAUAACGUCCAAAAAUGAACUGCAGUAUAGCUCUACAUUGAAAAUAUUUUUAAUCAAAUUUAUAUUGAAAUAUUAAUACUAUGUAUUUAUAAAAAAAGCUAUUGAAAAUGUUUUGUGUUUUUAAACAAGAGUUUUGUUAAUGUCAAAUACAUUCAUGUAUUUGAAAUUAUAUGAGGAAGUCAACCGUUGCUUUCUGUAUAGGGCACUUCUGUUGACCAGAUAGUUCAAUCGGUUAGAGCAUUAUUAUAUCAAUCUAAAGUCCAUGGUUCGAAUCACAGUCUAGCAACGCUGAUUUUGUUUAAAACACUGUUGUUGGUUAUAUUUUGAAUAUUUCAUCUUUAUUAUUUCUUAUUAAAGACGAACAAGGUAUGACUUAUUUUUCAGAAAUUGUUUAUCAACGCUAUAGUCAUGAUGGCAAAAACAGUUUACAACAUUUAGGUACAGUUUUUGGCAGUGGCUCUGGGGUCCUUAAGCACUGGAAUGAUUCUUGGAUAUAUAUUAGAAGAAACAUUAUUACAAAAAAUGAUAUGUAUAUCAAUCCUUUUCUCAUCUUUACUGCAUCCUUUUGAUACACUCUACAGACUUAAACCUCUAAACAUUGAUAAAGGAAAAAGCAAACAAUCAUAAAGCUAAGCUAAGCUAAUACACCAAUAUACCACCUCCAGCACACACCUAUACAUUAUACACAUGAAGUCACGUCCUGAAAUUGGCGGUGUUGCGUUUCAGGGCAGACAGAUUGUUUUGAAAUUCUUCUUUGUGUAGGAAAGUUGUCCUUGAAUUUUGAUGUCCUAGAUUCUGUCUUUUUGACAUGUCCACUAUGAACAGAGCAGAUACCGACAUUGUCAGAGUUUACGGGCAUGCUGAUGUAAUUUUUAGCUCACCUGGUCCGAAGGACCAUGGUGAGCUUAUUCCAUACCACAGCGUCCGUCGUCCGUCCGUCA